CUAUAUUUAGCUAAACGUCCGGUGUCCUACACAAUUUUAAGAAUGGAGCCGCUGCCUGCCACCUUCUAUGGAGACGUAGAUCAGAAAAACCCAGUGAUAGCAACGUUUGAGAAUGAAAUCAAACAGCUGUUGGGCUUUAUGAGAAAGAUACAGAAAGGGUCAUCUAGGGAGAGCUAUCAGCAGGACUACAGGAGAGGAUCCAGCACAUUGUUUAAUAUUUGGGUAAAGUAUAAACCUCGCCUGCCUGCCAGUUAUUACCAAGAAAAGCUUCUUAAGGUUGGAGACAGUCUUGUUCAGAUGAAAGAAUACCGACUUGCACUCUUUCAGUGCUAUGAACGAUAUCUUGAACAGUUUUGCUCUGCGGACAUUGAUGAUAUUACAGAUGUAAUUCAAUUUAAAUCUACAUUUUUCCCAAAUGGGGUAGAUGAUAAAAUGGCUGAUCUGACGUUUCACGCUUUGCAAGGAAGAUGCAUUUGUAUUUACCAGUUGGUGAAGACAGGCAGUGGCAGCCGUCCAAAUGAAGAGUCAGUGAGAAAAUGCCUGAAAAUACUGUCAUUUCUUCAGCUUAUCAUGCAGGUUGUUCUACCACAAGAGCAUCUCUGCUGGUUGAUAUACAAUGGCACUCUUCACAUAUACACUAUAUGUCGACAUUUAUUGGUCUUGGGACAUUCAUCAAAGGUACUUGAGUUCCUCUUAUGGGCCAGCGUGUGCUUGGAAUCAUCUGUUCCACUUCUGUCUCUCGCCUAUUUACCAUGGAGAACAACACUGUACACUGCUGUUUGUCAGUGCUAUUUCGACAGCCAGGCGGGUGUCCAUGGGGAGGUGUUUGCCCGCCGUGCUCUGAGUAAAAUCAAUGAGCUUAGUCGGCUUCAAAAUAUGAGCGAUACUUCAGACUCUGAGGAGGCAAAAAAAGCUUUUAGAGAAGCCACUUUGAAGAUGGCCGUUAUGAUCUUCAAAAGAGCCGUUUUUGAAUCUAGAAGGAAACCAAAAGGAAUGCUUCGACCAAAGCAAAAUAUAAAUCUAAAAGAUUUAGAAAAGCUUCCUUGGCCUCGUACUAACACGGAGAAGCUACUGUUAGAGAUGUUCAGCAGUGGUGCAGCCCAGUUUCUUGCUAUCCUAGAAGCCCUCUCAGACAGUAACAGACAUGUGUUGCAUGCUGGACCUCCUGUUCCUGAUGAACCGGAGAUACAUGAUGUGAUUGCUGAACUGUUUUUUGCAGGCAUUGAUCUUCUUUCAGGUGGAGGCAAUAAAGCGGAGCGGGGAGCGAUUCCCCAGAGUGACCUAUGUAAGCUUCUUAAACAAUCAUCACUUCUAGAAUUAGCCGUGGAAGAAAAAAAGUAUUUUUCUGCAGAAGCUGUUGUAAAAUUUGCAAAGUUGGCCUUCAGCUACGAGCAGUGGGAUAUUUUUGAUGCCAUUAUAGCACCAUUAUAUGGAUUUGUCAAGGCCGAGAAUAACACAGAAUGGAGAAAAGAAGAACUGGACCUUAAGAUACUUCUCGCAGCGGAGACAUUGUUGUCUGGGAAAAAGCAUAAGCACGGCUUAAAUGUUCAUGAAAGACUAAACAAUCUAGCAGCAACUUGGGAUUCAUUGGGAAUUUUUGAAUUUCAAGAUCUUCAGGAUGGACCUGCAGAUGAGCACGUUAUCUUGGCAGAAACUGUGUUUUUCUGUGAAUGUAACUCUUUCCAGGAUAUUCAGCCUGACAAAGACAUUGUCAUCAAUGUUAUCUUGUUCCUGUGGCAAAAAUGCAAACAUGGAGUGCAGAGAAUCCAAGCUGCCGCAUCUGAGUUGUCAAGAUUUGUCCAUAAAUGUGAAACCAAUAGCAAGUGGAUUUAUAUUCUUUGCCUCAUUUAUGAAGUGAUGCAACACAGCGGUUUCAUUGAUACAGAUGCUGUAGUAAUGGGAGAGGCUGCUUUAAGAUUAGCUGGGAUUUCUGAAAGCAUCGCUGACUCACUACUAAAAUACGGAAUAAAGCCAGAUAAAUCACUUCAAAAAGGAAAUGUGGAUUCAUCUACUCAAAUGCAAAAUUCUAAUAGGCAUGCACUCUUAAAGAAAAACCCAGUCACACAGCUGAUGUUUGCAUAUCAAAUUUUAGAAAAGGCAAUAAAAGGAAUGUCUCUUGCUCGCUCAUCAUGUGCUACUGGAGAUGAAACAUCAGUGGUCGACCACUACAGUUCAUGGCUGAGUGAGAGGAAGCAACAUUUAAAGGACACAGAUGGGGAACAAAAGAACUCGUCUAAAUCACUUGCAAAUACCAUGAUGAUGAUGGAUUUGCAGCUUGAGCUAAUUCUAACUCAACAUCGUGUGUCAGUCAAACUUCUGAAUUUAUUGCAAGGUGAUGCCCGAAAUCUGCGAUCAUCUAAAAGUUUUAUUCAUACAAAAGGAAAUUCUGAGGCAGUUUGUUUCCCAACAGAGUCUGAAUUAAUUGCAAAAAUGAACAAAAACAGGCUGUCUAAAGCCAUAUUUCUGAUGCAGAAGGCUGUGCUGCUUAAUAAUGGACUUGGGAAAAUUUCUCCUAAUCAGCUUUUGGAGGAGUCUGAGAAACUUAUCCAAAGAGCAGAAAUGGAAGAAACUGCAGUUUAUUUAUCUUGUGUUAAACAAUCAGAAUUGUUAACUAGUGGGAAAAAAGUUCCUCCUCCACCCAUUUUGCUUUGCAGAACAGAGAAUUCAAUGAAAUUCAGACCAGCUCCAUUCCAGUCAAUUGUUAAGGUGUCUUGGUACUGUUUAUAUGCACAACGUGUUACAGGUCCAAAUUUAAAAGUGAGAUUGAAUGAUCAUUACCUUCCUGGAACUGGAGAAAAGAUUCCAGCAUGCAGCAGUAAUAUAUUAGAAGUUAAAGGCCUAGAAGCAAAUGAGAAAUACAUAUUUGCCGUAGCAGCAUAUUCAUCAGACGGAAACCUUAUUGGAGAUGCAAUUGGGGAAACAACUAAGCCAAUCCUUGCCUUUCCUCCUCUUUCAAUUCCUGCCACUUGGGCUUACCUUGCACAGAGUUCUUACCACAUUGGCAACUAUAAAGUUGCAGAGAAAUCCAUUUCGAUUUUAUGGAAUUACUUUGUUUUGCCAACUGUUUCCCCACCCUCUGAUGUUGUCAUUGUGUCUGCAAGUAAUGAGACAUAUAUAUCUCAAAAAAGGAUAUGCUCAGAGGUCAUAUCAAUGUGUUCCCCAAUCCUGUUACAGCUUUUUCUUAGGAGUAUUUUUAUAAUCAGUGACAUAAACAUCAAGGAGGGGGCACUGUUUUGCGACUCUAUUUGCAACAAUGAUGUUCUUCAAAAGUUUCAGAGUUGUCGAAUAGCCGAAUGUGAAAGAUUGUUAGUGGCUCUUGAUCUUAGCAUUUUGCUAAAUGAUGUCAACUACUCCCUUCAAGCUGUUGUUCAAUGCUACGGACUGAUCGCUCCAAUAAUCUAUCACAAGAUCCCAUCUGCUCCUGUAGUGCAGGUAAUAAUCAAAUGCUUGGCAGUCCUACAAGAAAUUCCAAAGAGCACAUGGAAUAAAAAGCAGGCUGGCGUUACAGAAGGCGUGCUGCACAUGAUAGCAUGCAUGACUUACUACGCAGUUAAGGUACUUCGUUCAUGGGAUGAAUAUGAAUUAGCAAUUGCAAUAGUUGAAGUUGGAAAACAGUUACUUGACAUUACAGAAAGCACAACAGGCCUUCUCCAGUUUUCUGAGCCAAGAUCAACGGUCGGCAAUGAUACCGUUAAAGCAAUGGAUGCUGGAGAAAAGGAUAAGGUAUCAUUGCUUUUAAAAAAUGCUAAAAAAUCAAUUGUAUCAGAAAGAGUCAAUGAACAUCUGUCUGCACUAGAACACACUCUUCUAACAUUGAAAAACCCCUCACAUAAAUCGGAGCUUACUGGAAAAGAAGAUCCUGCGUUGCUCAGUCAUGUGGUUACCUGUUGGCCACUAAAUGCAGCCUACAAGGAAGUCAUGAAAUUCAAGAAGAGAUCUCGUUUCAUGGAGUUUUUCAGCCUGCUGUUGCAGCGAAUAGUGUGCGAAGAGAAUUUUCAGAAAUCAUUGGAAUGGACGACCAGUGUAUUUGAAUAUUUAAAAAGGAGAGAUGCAACAAAUCUGGGCAAAAGUGCUGCUGCCGAUGAUGCCGAUGUGACAGUAGCAGAUGAUACUUUUAAGAGAUACACAGCAGGACUGGUUAAAUACCAAAAGGAUGAAAAGCUUUCAAAAGCGAAGCAAAUAAAACAGCAUGAGAUCUCAACAAAAAACAAGGAAAGAGUUAAAAAGCAGCAAAAAAUGAAAACUUCAGAACAGCUAAGAAUGUCAGGAGAAGAUCCUGCAAGAACUGCCUUCGCAAAUUUGAUCAAGCUUUUGACCCCUCUUGUAAGUAGAUACAAAAAAAAUAAGCGACAUACUGAAAUCUGCACUGAAGAGAUGCCAUGGAGAUCACAGGUGAACCUACUGCUUGCACUGACCCACUUUAGCCUGUUAAGAAAAAAAAUUGAUGAGCAGCGCAGUGAGAACCUUUCUUCUACUCAAAUCAUUAACAGAUCUCAAGCUGGCUCUGAUGAUGAAGCCUCAGAUGCUAGUAGCUCUAAUGAAGCACAUGAAGGGGCGAUUUUGAUCCAAUCUGUGGGGCGCUCAUUACGCACAGAUACAGAGACUAACAACAACCUGAUGGACUCUAUCACCUCGCUUUUAGCUUCACACCAUGACUCUCUGUCCAAGAAAUUUGAAAAAGGUCCAGAAGAGGGUCAGGAAAUGCUGAUUGACAGAGCGCACAGAGCAUUAAGGCCUAGAACUGCAGAGGGAGAUAAGCCUAGGGAUGUUAUAGCUCGCCUGCACUAUUACACCUUCAGGGAUAAGCUACUCCGAGCCCUUGCAGACAGCAAUUCCCUUGAAGUAGGCCCACGUAGAGAGGCGAUCCAGCAGUUCUUGGCGAAGUUAGAUCUUCCCUCCUUGGACAAUAACUCUAUAGACGACUUGACUGGUCCCUUCACCCUAGAUGAGAUUAAGGCAGCUAUCCUAACUCUGAAACCUCAUAAGGCACCAGGCCCAGAUGGCUUCACAGGCCUAUUUUUUCGCACCUUUUCCCAGACACUGUCACCUUUACUACUUCGGCUUUAUCGUGAGGUGACGAGUGCCGGGGCUUUUCUUCCAGAGUUCUUAGAGGCUAAUAUCUUGACUAUCCCUAAAGAUGGGAAGGAUCCAACACUGUGUGGAAGCUAUCGGCCUAUCUCUCUUAUUAAUGUAGACGUGAAGAUCUACGCUAAGGUCCUGGUGACCAGACUUGGACGACACUUACCCUCGCUGAUCAACUACCAAAUUUUGGAUCCUGAAUUAUUCUCUUUACAUCACGCUGGCACUGUAGUCAUGGUAACAGAAACAAAUGUUAAGGAUGGGCGAAUAUCAAGUCCAGGUCACCUUCAUCCCUCAGUGAAGCUAGCUCUUCCAUUUGAAGGCAAACUAAAUGAUUCAUAUGAUGUUUCAGGACAAACUACAAAAAGAAGUGAUUCUGAUACUCCUAGAACCCAGAUGACAAAUGACUCAGAGACUUCUUCCCAGUCACCAGUGGAACAAGUAAAAAUAAACAUAGCCUCAGGAAUUAUAUUGAAUCAUCUAGGAAAGACUUACAUUCAUCUUAAAAGAGCCAUGGUGCUUGCUCAUCGUGGCAGACACUGGACUUUACUUCAAAAUACCUGCCGCAUUCUUUGGAAUCUCACCCUUGAAUUACAGUUAAUGCUUAAGCAAACUGAUGUCACUCAAGAACAAUUCCCUAUAACCAAGGAUCUACUCAUCAAUGAAAUAUGUAUGCCUUUAUAUUUUGCUGCUGAGUUUAUUCUUGAUAUGAUGGUAAUCCUGCAAAAUAGUGGUUCAAUUCAGAUUCUUGAUUCAGAUGAGAAGUUUAGUGUUCCAAGCUGUAUGGGAAGUAUUGAACUUGAGGAAGGCGGAUCAAGCCUGGCAUUUGAAUACCCGUUUGAUGACAUCACUGUAGUUGAUAUGCGGUGGAUGUGUGAUCUGGUUCUCAAAGCCAUAGAAGUUCUAUAUAAUUUGGAAAGCUGGGAAUCAUUGAUUCACAUAGCAAUACAAUUCAAUUUAAUUACUCAUGAAAGAUACACGGAGCAAGUAACUCCACUCCUGAUUCAUGCACAAAGGGUGCUAAUUACCAAAAUAAAAGAUCUUGUUGGAUCAGAUGUAAUUACACCCUACCUCACCAAAAAUGGAGAUGACCAUAAUGAAAGGGUACAUUGCAGAAAUUACAUUGGAAAGCAGCUUAGUGUUACCACAAUGGCUAAAAAAGGGGUAAAACCUAGAGCCAGUAUAAACCAAAAGGAACAAAUUGUCUAUUCAGCUGAUACCUGGACAAAAGCACUUGUAUGUGUUCCGCUUGAUGUGAUGGACACCUUAACUUGCUUCAGGGAGAGCAUGCAGAAAUCUAAAUAUUCAGCCAGAGCACUGAAACACAGCAGGAAAUUGCUCUCUUUAUUUCUUGCGAACAGUCAAGGACUGCCUAUACAAGAAAGAGUGACCAGUUUGUAUGGGCACUCUGGGAGAGUCAGUUUCACUACAGGAGCUAUGCAAGCACACCAGUCUCUUCCUCCUGACCUUUUAGAAGAAGACUUUCAUUCUGUAUACUCGAUUGAAAGCAAAGCAAUCCCUCCUUCACAACUCUCAGCUGUUAUAGCUUCAUAUGACAGGACUAUUGAAAUACUUCAUUCAAAUAACCAGCAAGGCCUUAAAGCCCAAGCACUGCAUGAGCUUGGUAAUCUUCACCUGUGUGCGGGAAACAAAAGAGCUGCUUUCAAAUGCUGGUGUCAGGCCCUUGAUGAAACGCUCAACAUGUCUGAUGCUCUUAAUUCAUGGCAAGCGCUUGAUAGUUCCCCAGACAGCAUAAGCAAUGGAAGAUCUAAAGAUUACAGUGAGAAAUUUUUGUGCCGGGCGGGAAUUUGGGGCUGUUUGCAGUCUGCCGUCAUCACUGCUAAAAUGUCUCGAUACAUUUUUACAUCCAAUAUAAAUAAGAAAACAGAAUGCUGCAUUCUUUCUGCAAUACUUUUUAAGGCUCUGUUUCGUGCAUCUCUGCCACACCCAAAAGAGGACCUCCAGUUUGCAUUAUAUGACAUUGGAGAAGAUUGUGAAGUGUCCGAACUGGUUCCGGGAAUUGAUCUGUUCUCUGAUCAAUACAGAGCUGAUUUGAACACAGUUGUGGGCAGCUUAUGUUUUCUAAUUUCAGAGUUGCAUUCUGCAACUCAAAAUAUCAUGGUUUUGCCAUUAUUCACAUUGUACCAGUACUUUGUUUCAAUAAUUUGUCGUGACCCUGUCAGAUCCAUCGAAGGAAGGCUCCUUAAGAUUAAAGUUCUUACUGAUCUGCAUUUAUUUACGGAGGCCUUUCAUGAACUUUGUCUACUGACUCGUGGAAGAAGAAUACCCAGAAGAUCACAGAAAGGCUUUAAACUUGAUGGCAAACUGGAGAAAAUUCCAAAAUAUAUUGCGUCAAAGACAAUUCUGUCCAGUGAAAAUUUGCAGGCAUUAGAGGAACUUUUCAACCGAAAGCCAAGUGCAUGCCUACUUUCGGUUUGUGACCACAGACUCGUGAAUAAGGUGAUGCUGGCUAAAAUGUACUUCAUCAUAAAACUGUCUGCAACGAUUAAUGCUAUCCCUGAGACAGUGAUGAAAUCUAGCUAUUCUAUGAGUGUGGAAAACACAACUCUACCAAGCAAGGACUUGAAGACACAUAAAUCAGGUAGGGCAACUAAAGAUUUUCGACAAACUUCUUCCCUGUUUGUCAAAGAACACCUUACAUUUGCAGAACUAAAGGGUAUUCUGCUAAAUGAGGCUGAAGAAAGACUGGACUUCCUUAUUCAAGCUAUACAAAGUAGAAACAAUGCCCAUCUAUUACAGUAUCCAGCUGUGGAAUUGGAAAUGGAAAUUGAAGCAAAACUUUAUCUCUGUGAGAUAGCGCAGCAGAAAUAUCAGUCUGCUUUAAGUGUUGCCUUGGCAUACUCUGCAAUGAGAUCGCUUCAGGAUGCAGAUAUAUUCACCAUGAAACAUCAAAACACGAGAAAGAAUGUUUCUUCCGCACGUAAACAACACCUAAUUACAAAUUUGAGAAUUGUGAACUUGAGCGCAAUUCUUCUUCCAAACCUACCAUGUGAUACAGAGGCCAGAGAACAUAUGAACAUUGGCAUAUGGCUGAGAUGUCGUCUUUCACUAAUCACAGCUGUUAGGUCACAACUGCAUGGUGUAGCUGUCCAAGAAGAGGAAGUCCUAGACAGCUUAAAUAUUAUAACUGAAGGCAUUGCAGAGGCAGAAACAUUCAGUGACAUUGAGAUGCAAGCUCAUCUGAUGUUGCAAGCAGCUUUACUUGAUAUUCAAGAGGGACGUCCAAGGAACAGCAUACGAUUACUUUUGGAGAAUAUUAUCCAUCUACUUGAGGGAAAGAGUUUUACUUCUCCUACAGCUUCUUUAACACUUGCUCAGAGCCUGAUUCUGUUGGCUGAUCUAAUGGAAAUGGAGAAUAAUGAUGAUAACCAGGAGCUUUGUACAAAGCAGCUGGACACCUUAAAGUUAGCUCAUAAACUUAUCAUAAAAGAACUUCUGUCUCUUGGUGAAGCUAUUGAGCAUCAUGUUACAAAUGAGAUUGCAACAGUACCCCUGGCACCUCUGAGAAAUAUUUAUCUGCCACAUAUCAAUUUACUGGCUGAAGUCAAACGGAGAAUUGGACAUGUUCUUUCUUUAAAAGUAUGUUCUUUAUCUAACUUUAACAUGGAUCCAUCUCCUUGGCUGCCAAGUCUUAAUCUACAUACAACUGCCUUAGAACUCAGCAGAAUGUCUGCAUUCCGAGAGUAUAAUGUGGAAGCCGAACUUCUUUUCCAGAAAGGUAAGAUAGAGCGCCAGAUGUUUAUGUCAGGAGACCAUGCAAAGUGCUUGGCCAUCAAAACCUUUGCAGAAGCCAUCAAACUGAGCCUUAAUUAUAAUCAUAACCUUGGCUUAAUAAGAAAAUGCUAUCUGGAGAUAUCACUCCUGUAUUUUCACUUGGCAAGCUUGGAUCAAAAUAAGACAUCUGGUAUGGAAUGUCCAACAGUGGAAGAGCAAAAAAUUGCAGCAUCAAAAGGAAAGGUGGACAAUGUAAAGGAUACAAAUGGCACUGGGAGAAGACUGAAAGACAGAGAAUGCUACAGUAUACUUGCAUGGAUUGCAAUAAGAGCUGCCACACAGGUGGGCAGCGCAAUACUCGCUUAUAAAGUGUUAGUUGGUCAGAACGUUGAUACUUUACAAAAUCUUGAUGAGAACUUAUACAGUCAGAUUCCAAUAUUUGCCAGCGCGGAUCUUCUAGCAAAGUACAAGAAUUAUUUAAAAGGAGAAGGACAAGAAAAUGAUCUCAGCAACCUUCCUUUAGAAAUGCCAUCAUGGGUGCAUCUAAUCCGCUAUCAUAACCAUCUAUUGCGGCUGAUAAACGUGAUUCAUCUGACUGGUUUCCCAAAGACAAUGCAUGAAAAACUGUCUUCCACUGAUAAGAAGAGUGCUUCUAUGCUCAGCAAUGGGCUCUCACUACGGUUUUCAGUAAUGCACCUGUUUCUGAAGAAACAUCUAUGUCAUUAUUCUGCUUGUUGUGCAAAUGAAUUUCCACAAGAACUUCUCAAGGGGGUGGACUUACAAUCUGAGUCCCACAAGAUAUUUUUCGAAAGUAACCAACGUCAAGAAAAGGCACUAUCACCAAAAAAAGUCAGUCUUUCAGUAGAAAGCAAAGCAGAAGCUCAGCAUGAAUUUGUAGCAAUGAAAUCUUUGGACAAGGAGCUUUGUGUGCAGUGGUAUCGCCCUUCAUUAGAAAGAGGGUCAGAAAACAGAGAACUAACGGUGAUGCUAAUAUAUGCAUACAAUAAAAACAAAAUUGAUGUUAAAAAUACUACAAGCUGUGACCCAGACAACAUAUUUUGUGGGCACAAGUGGAUCCCUCUUUCACGAGUUGUCUCACUGCAUGAGAAGCUUUCUGUUUUAAAACAGAAAGCUGAAAUCUCUCUGCAGUAUAUGACGGAUUCCUCAGUAACUGAACAUGGUGAAAAACAGAAGCGAUCAACUCAGAAUGCAAAAAAUAAAGCUGACCAAAAAAACUACUUUACUGAGGAACUACAGGAAGUUAUUAUGAAGCAUUGCUGUGAGGUGCAAUAUUUGCUGAAUUCUCAAGAUCCACAGCCAUUAGUGAAGGCUCCAUUUGACAUCACUUUGCCAUCAUUAAUCAGGCUGGAGACAUUUUUUGACCUGACUCAUGGCUGUAUGUUAAUGAAAGGAAGUCUUUUAGAUUGGAUAGUUUCACUGCUUAUCUAA